AUGACGGCAACAUCUUAUUCAGAGUUUAACGCGAAUACGGAAGCCCUAGAGGUUGCCCAAACGUUCUCGCAAGGGAUUCGGGGCAAGACCGUCAUCGUCACGGGUGUGAAUCUCUCGGGGAUUGGGCAUUCAACUGCACAAGCCUUCGCAUCCCAAUCUCCCUCCCACCUCAUCAUCACGGGCCGCAACGUGUCAAAACUGCAGCAGAGCAUCGAUGCGCUGAAAGCCGAGUUCCCUAGUGUCGACUGCCGCAUUCUCAAGAUGGACCUCUCUAGCCAGGCAGCCGUCCGCGCGGGCGCCGCUGAAGUCCUUUCGUGGGAUGACGUGCCAACAAUCGACAUCGUCAUCAACAGCGCCGGUGUGGCACUCGUUCCGGAACGCACUCUAAGCGAGGACGGCAUCGAGUUGACCUUUGCCACGAACCACAUCGGACACUUUCUGUUCACCUGCUUGAUCAUGCCCAAGGUCAUAAAAGCGGCCCAAAACAACCCCAAAGGCGCAACCCGCAUCGUCAACGUCAGCUCCGGCUCUCCCCACACCGCCGGCAUCCGAUGGAGCGAUAUCAACUUUGAACAGACAAACGCAGACCUCCCCAAAGAGGAACAGCCCAACUAUGAAUUCCACAGCGCGUGGAACAUCCCCGACGCCGAGAAACUGUCAUACACGCCGCUGGAGGCGUACAACCAGAGCAAGGUGGCCAACGUGCUGUUCGGCAUCGGGCUGACCCGGCGGCUGUACGACCAGCACGGCAUCCUGGGCCUAGCCGUGCACCCAGGCGUCAUCAAAACGGAACUGGUCAGGGAUGCCGACCCUGCGAUCCGGCGUGGCAUUGCGACCAUGUUCGAGAAGGGCAUAUACGAGUUCAAAACUCCCGGCGCGGGCUCCUCCACCAGCUUGGUCGCGGCGUUAGACCCGAAGCUGGGGCCUGGGGAGCUGAGGGAUGGGAGGGAGAAUUACGGCGCGUUUCUGGUUGAUUGUCAGAUCAUGAAUCCGGCUCACCCGCGCUCCGCGUUGAGCUCCGAGGCUGAGAAGCUGUGGGAGUUGUCGGAGAAGUUGGUCAAGGAAGAGUUUGUUUAUAACUAG